AGUUUGUAAUUUUGCAGUCUAGUCGUUAACUCAUUUUUUGGCCCGUAUUUGUUCCACGUCUCCUGUACCUAUAGUUACAUUUUAGUUGGUUCAGUUCGCGUGUAGUAGUUGCUGCUAGUAGUUUUCUCAUUAAUGUGACUUCUUGUCAGCUGGCGCAACUCAGAACCUGAAACUUUGUGAGUGAGACCUGCCCCUGUUUUGUUCCUCUUUUUUUUCUCUCUCUCUCUGUCUUUAUUGUAACCACAGGGUGAAUUUACCCCGCACACGCACAGUAGCUUACGGAGCAGAGACUUCGAAGUCUCCACAUGAUCUCUGGUCCGGCUCUUUAACAGCUGCUUCUUCUUGAACUGCAGAGCUGAAUCUGUCCGAAAUAAAACCCGAGGGGUGGAGGAGAGAGAUGGAGGAAUUUGUGACAUCGCCGCGUUAAUACAUGGAUUCUGUGACUAAUGUCUGACAGCGGACUGUAGGAGUCGCAGAGUUUCGCCUUUUUUUUCUCUCUCUCUCUCUUUUAUUGAUAAACUUCACAGUUGGGGUGUGUCUGGGUCACUGUUACUACUACGGCAUGCAGGAUGGGCCAAACCAGCUCGGAUCUCUCGCGCAGCACCGCCGCCCAGGACAGAGCCAAGCGGAAAGCGGGUGAGACGCGACAAAGACUCCGGAUCCGCAGGUUCAGGAGCGGAGGAAAAUCACGCUGCGAGCAGAUCAACAAGAAUCCGAUGAAAAAGAAAGUGCUGUCGUGUCUCGGAAGAAGAAAGCGAGAUUCCAGCGAGCGCGAGGUGGAAUUAGGUCGCAGAAACGCAGCUGGAGACCCAGCGGCGCGGAGCGGCCAUCGAGUGGGAAAGUUGCCGAGGGACGAGGUGGUGUUGGCGGCUGGGGAACACCGGGCGGGCCCGGCCGGUAUUGAGACGCAAUCCGGCCGUGAUGUUGAAGAUAUCGAGGGUAUCGAACACGCUGUGAGCCGAGGAGCAGCGGGCGGCUCGUCCGAUGCGUCAGGCUCGGGGAGGCGGACCGGUGAAGUCGGCGCUGCGGGCUGCGAGGACCCGGAUCGCGGGCGAGAGGACAAUGCCUCGGAUCCCCCGACGAGGGCCAUGGAAGAUCAGCCGCUGGGGGGAAACAGCCGGGGCCACGCCGUGUACGAGCCGACAGCACUGACCGGGACCAGCUCAGCCUCCAAGUUGGCACCUGAGCAGACAUCGAGUAGUUUGAACCCCGAACCGUCAGUAAAAGACAACCAGUCCGAGUCCAUGAUGACUAAAACCGGCUGUAGCGCCGCCGCCGAUCCGGGCUCCGGUGUCCCGGACAAGCCCGAGAGCCAGGAACACUCUGCCCAGACUGAUCCCGGCACCCCGGGAGGCCGGUGUUUCCCGGGAACGAUCCCGAAACUCAUCAUCACGAGAGACCCCAGUCCGACCCUCCCGCACGAGACCCCGCCCCUGUUGACCCUUCGGCCGGACCUCGGCUCCGGGCCGUGUCUGGACCUUCACCCCGAAGACGAGUCUCCGUGCUCGGACAGCGGCUGCGGAGGAUCCCCGGCUCUGAUGCGCUCCCCCAGGAAGCUGUCCAACUCGUCCUCCCUCGGCCUGUCCUCCGCCUCCUCCUUCGACGAGUCCGAGGACGACUUCACAUCCAGCGACCUGGAGUCCAGCCUGUCCCCGGCCCGGUCCCACUGCAGCCCGGACGAUGGCACGGGGAACAAGUCCUGGCAAAAACUGAAGACGAUGGUUCACUUCUCCCCUUUUGUGGUGUCCUUCAAGAAGCGUUACCCAUGGGUGCAGUUAGCCGGCCACGCAGGUAACUUCCAGGCCGGGGAGUUCGGGCGCUUGCUGAAGCGCUACUGCGAGUGUGAGCAGCAGUGUCUGCAGAAGCUGAUGAAGGACACCCUGCGUCCCUACGUGCCCGGGUACUACGGCGUGGUCCAGAGAGACGAGCAGGACUACAACCUGAUGGACGACCUGCUGGCCGACUUCGACUCUCCCUCCAUCAUGGACUGUAAAAUGGGCAGCCGAACAUAUUUGGAGGAGGAGCUGACAAAAGCCAGAGAGCGUCCACGUUUACGGAAGGACAUGUACGACAAAAUGGUCGCUGUGGACCCCGGGGCCCCGACGGAGGAGGAGCGGGCCCAGCAGGGGGUCCUCAAACCGCGGUACAUGCAGUGGAGGGAGACGCUCAGCUCCACUGCCACGCUGGGAUUCCGCAUCGAGGGCAUUAAGAAAGCAGAUGGAACCUGUAACACCAACUUUAAGAAGACAAAACAAAGGGAGCAAGUGAUGCAGGCCUUGAAGGACUUUGUCGACGGCAACACUCAGAUUCUGAAGCUCUACCUGGAGCGACUGGAGGAGCUGCGGUCAGUCCUCGACCAGUCCGUCUUCUUCAGGACACACGAGGUUGUGGGAAGCUCGCUCCUCUUCGUGCACGACUCCUCGGGGAAGGCCAGGGUGUGGAUGAUCGAUUUUGGAAAGACAGUCCCGCUCCCGCCCGAUCAGACACUGGACCACCGGACUCCGUGGGUGGAGGGCAACAGGGAGGACGGUUACUUGUGGGGACUGGACAACCUGAUAGACAUCCUCAGCAGUAUGCUCCCACAAACGCCUUGAACGGACGUAAAAGCCUCAAACGACUGCAACACACAACUCGUGGAUGUUCAAAGAAAUACAAGGAAGAGGGGGGAAAAAAAUGAGGCGAACCGAGGGAUACGCAGCUCUGUGGACCCACACUCCACUUGUAUCCGUGGGACCAAAAGGAGGCGCGAUUGCAGGAUUUUGAUGACACAGUGGGGAAAAUGCCAAAGGUCUGCGAGUGUGCAUGAUGACACGCAAAAGAGGAAGAAUAUGAUGCACAGUUUUAGCUGUUGGUGACUCAAGCAGGCUAAUUCUGACGGUGGGAUUGUGUAAACUCUUUGACCUGAGGUAUUCACUUUUUCCUGCAAAACUCAACCUUGCCCACUGUUCUGCACAACAGCCCCCUCCAUCGGUGAGAGGUGGACACAGCAGCUGUCUCACAGUCAUGAACUCCACAGAGAAAAGGUUUUUUCGUUCUGUUUUGGUUUUUUUUUUUUAUUGUGGUCUUUGAGGACACUGGGAAGCGGGGAGUCUUAUUUUUGUUAUGGACCACUUUAAGCAUACGACAACACUAAUACACUGGUCGGACCACGUGUUAACUAACUCAGCGUGUACAGACUAAUUUAAUGUUUUUUUGGCCUUGUCAUAACCUUUUUACUAUGUGCAUUUUAUGUGCCUCUCAUUUUUAAGAUGGUGAUGUUGGAUCAUUCCAGUGCAGUUGACUUCUGCUAUUUAACUUCCAAAGAGUUCACCCCAAGUUUGACCCGACUUUAACGGCAAACAUUUAACUUUUGGUAGGAACUUUUAGUGCUAAUUGGGAUUUUCUUUUUUGUACGAUCAUGCAGUGGAAAAUUUUCUCAUUUUUUUUGUGUACAGGAAGGAGCAAGGCAGCCGUGUUUGUCUGGAAUUUGUUGCACUAUGGAUCCUCACAAAGCCAUUGAACAAAACAAGAGGUGCCUCUGUGUCUUAAGCUGGGAAGCAGCAAUGAAAUGCUGGGUUUACAAUCUGUUAUGACUCUGUUUGCUGUUGCUUUAGAGACUUUUACAGUAAAUCAUUUGUGAUUGAAACUGGAAUUGCCUGAUUGAUCUGAUCAGGCUGCUCGGGCUUCUGUAAAAUUUCACAUAUGCAUCAACUUAAACGUGAUCUUGAAACUGGAAAAUCUGAAUAUGACUUUUGAUUGAUGGAACAUAAUGACCUUUUUUUUUAAAGUGACACAAAAUGCAACAUUUUGGUGUUUUAUCUGUAUAUCUAGGUUCAUGAGGUUAUUUAGAUGUUCGUGCUUCUGAGCAUCAUCCUCGACCAGUGUUCAGUCUUCCAGGUUUCCUUUUAAGAAAAGCAGGAAUGAUUCUUUUUUUUGUGUGUGUGUGUUUGAAGAGCAAACAUACAAAACAGGGAAUAAGGUGUUGCCAAAGCUGUUUUUCCACAAAUUCUCAAUUUAUUAAAAUAACUAAAUACAGUAGAUCGACGUGAAGCAGAUUUUCAAACAAGAAGCUGCUUUUAGAAGUAAUAAAACAAGAGUGGUAAUCACAUUUGCUUUGAAAGAAACAUAUUUUAUACAAGGCACCAAAACAGGCAGAUCUAGACUGGUAAUAAAUUCAUGUUUUGUUUUUUUUCCCCAAGAAAGUCAGGAAAAGUAAUGGAAAACUGCAUUCAGGAGUUGUUUUUUUUAAUCUGUGCCUCUGCAGACACCACGGCUGCAUCACAAUUCUAAAUAAAUAUUUUAAAUCGG